CAAAUGUAGUUUUUUUGCGAAGAGGCAGACUCCUACUCUGUUAAGCUUCUUUUUCAGAAACGUAAUUUUCAUAUCGAUAAAAAUGAAUUGAUACAUUGGUUGUAAGUGUAUUUUACUGCAGGGGGCGCAUGCAUGUGUUUUUUUCGAAGUGUACUUUGGGUCGGGUUGAGAGCAAGGAAGUAAGAAUCGGCUACUAACCGGGAUUUUGCGCUAUUUAAUUUAGCUAUUCCCCAGAGAAGGGCAAUAUUUCGCUCACUGAGUCGAUUACUGAACAGACGGUCCCAGUGAACUGAAGGGAGACAGUAAUAGCGAACCCACAACAGCUAUUUGAGCAUAUGAAGCAAAUGCUGUUUGAGCAUAUAAAGCCGGUAUACUUAAUGGAAUGAUGUUAUCGUAAAUGACCGAAUGAAGGACUAGCUAACUCUACAUGGAAGUUAGAGACACUUGCUAGUUACAUAAUGACAGAUGAUGUCGUUCUAUUGAAUGUACCAAUUAUCCGACAGCUUUACCACUGGGACUGCGGUUUGGCGUGUUCGCGAAUGGUAUUAAAAUAUCUUCAUCCAGUGAGUGAGGAGGAGUUCCAGGGAGCCUGUUGGGAUCUAAAGUUGACGGAGAGCGUAUGGACUAUUGACCUUGCAUAUCUCAUGUGUCAGCUAGGUGUAAAGCACUGCUUCUGCACACAGACAUUAGGAGUGGACAAGGGCUUCAGAAAUCAGUCAUUCUACAAAAAGCAUUUUGACACAGAAGAAGACAGAGUCAAUGAACUCUUCCUGAAAGCAGAGGGCAAAGGAGUAGUGGUGAAAAAAUGUACUGUGACUGUUCAGGAGAUCCAGGCUCAUCUGGACCAGGGUCAUGUGGCCAUUGUGCUUGUCAAUGCUGUAGUUCUGGUGUGUGAACUAUGUUCGACUCCGGUCAAGUACUGCUGCUUUCUCCCUGUGGGUCAGAAGUGUUUCUGUCGGAAGCCUGAAUACCAGGGCCACUUUGUGGUAGUGUGUGGAUUUAACCGUACCACUGGCUGCAUCUUUUAUAACAACCCUGCAUACUCUGACCGUGUGUGCUGCACUAGCAUUAGUAAUUUUGAAGAGGCAAGAAUGAGCUAUGGAACAGACGAGGACAUUCUUUUCAUCUUCAAGGACAGUUGAUCUUUCAAAGAUGACUGACUUUUCACUGUGAGAGCCCUGAUUGGCUGGGCUGCAGUUUUCUCAGCAACUCACUGCACUGCUGGAAAAUAACAGGUAGUAUGAUCCUUCUUGGGCUUUUGUUCUCCUUUGAGGAAAUAUACGGUCGAAUUGUACUGCUAAGUCACUUCAGACCACGGUGCUAAACAAGCCAUAUGACAAGCUCAAAUGUGCUUAAUGCUAUAAUACAAGAAACAAUGGACAGAAAAGACUGAAAGAUAAUUAGUCUAAGUAUACUCUAAUUUCCUUCUAGCUACUGACAAAGAAGGGAAAAUUGAAGUAUUGUAUAGUGCUUUUGUGAUGAAAUGGCUUCUUUAUAGACCUGUAAAAUUAUAAAGUCAACAGUAUUUUAAAUUCUUUUUGUAAUUUCUUUACUUUCUUUUUAAUUUCCUUUGUGUGGUCACUUCAGUUUGUAGGCAUAUUAGUAUGGUUUAAUGCCAGUGAAAGAUGGAGACUUUCAAAAACUCAGGUAGAGAUGACCUCGUCAAACCCAACUCACGAAGAACACCUCAUAUAAGAUAUAAUGCAAGUGGAUUCAUUGUGCCAUUUCUUUAUGGACAAACAUGGAAAAAAUGUAGAUCUGUCACAGCCUCAUUUUUGUAGUGAAACGUGGGUGUGAUUGCUUAUGACACAUCAACUGUAGUGUUACCUUACAUGUGAGAUAUGCAAUCGCAGAAGGCCCACUAUUCAUUUACUGAAGAGGAAAAGAGUACUCAACAAUGCAGCACCUACAGGAACUAUGUACCUGUUAACUGGUUUAAAGGCCAAAUUAUACUUUUUUCUGCAAAUCUGUAAACACAUGGAUUGGGCACGGAUGUUCACAUAGGUCCUUGCAGAAAUGCACUGGGGGGCAGUGUCACAUUACCAAACCACAAAGCAUCUAAAAAUCAUCAUCAUCAUCAUGGUGGUUCCCAUUUCCAACCCGGUCCACCCUGACAUUAUAAUUACAAAAGAACACUUGAGAAACCAAUUCUUACAGUGUUUACAUAACUGUCAUGAAGUACUGGUUAGCUACUGCAAUGAUAUUUGACAUUUUCUUUAUUUAAGACCUUAUUUCAUAAAGUUGUAAUAAGAAACUACCUAACUAAAUAGCUGUUUACCCUUGUGAAUUUAACUAUGACUUUCCCUCUUUCUAAUAGUUUAUUUAUUACCUUGUGUUAUGCAGUGGGUGUUUGUUUACCUAUUGUACUCCAUUGAGAGUCCCUCGUGGUACUGCCACAGCUGAAAUAAAUUAGCCUUGGGACUGUUAAAGUCUUCAUAUGAAAUGAUGCUAGUUGGCUAACUAACUGCUACUGUCCAAAGUGUGCCUUGACCAAAUGGUUAAUAAAUAGAUGAAUUCUUAGACCCUUUAGCCGUUUAUGUACCUAAUUUAGAAAAAAAUAGAUGUGUUGACCAGUGAGCCUGAAAACAUUACAAUUUUAAUUUUUAGUGUUAUUAUUUUAUUACAUUAUUAUUACCUUGUUGUUUAAAUUAUUUGAUUAUUCUUAUUUGAUUCUUUGCUUCCAUAAUUGUUGUUUAUUUGUAAAUUAGGGAUCUCCCUCAGUGAACUUACCCCAACUGCGUUGUUCUGAGAUGGCCGCCCACCCUGUAAAAUAAAUCGGCUUUGAGCUUUUCAUAGUCAUCAUAUGAAAUGAUGCUAGCUAGCUUUGCCCAAGUUGUUCCCCCAGUGAACUGAUUAAUUGAAAUCCUUCAAAAUGUUUGUGACACUGUUGUGUGAAGUCAAAAUAGUGCUUUAAGGCUUGUAUCAAAGUAGCCAAAUCACAUGUUUUCAGAAAACAAAGAUUCCUUAUGACAUGCUGUUUUGAUUCAAGCCUUCCUAUCAUUAUUUUCUCUAUUAUAUUCCUAAAUUAUUUCAUAGAGCUAUAUAAAUAUUAUAUUCAGUCUAUACCUCUGCUACACAGUAUGUCCAAAAAUAAAAACUUCAUUAAAUGUCUAACAAUAUGAAAGAUUAUUUUUACAUGAAGGCCCACGCACUCAAUUUUGCUUAUUAACAUCCAAAUUGUUGGGUCUUGAUGUUUUUGUUUUGGGUUUUCGUAAUGCAUUUGCAGAUGUUGCACAUGUAUGCUAUUUAAAACAUCUCAAAACAGUGAAUGAUUUUCUGAAGUGAUCACUUCAAAGCUUCAUAUUUCUCCCAUCACUGAGGGACAGUCCAAGUUUAUUUUAUUGAAAUAUGCUUGCUUUGUCUCCAUAAGUUCUCUGUGUAGCUAUUUUUUACUUGCCCAGAUAAAAUGAAUUAGUCCUGGGGCUGUUGCAGUCUUCAUCUGCACCUUGCCCAAAUGGUUCCUCCAGGACUUUGGCAAGCAAGAAACAUGUACUGUGGUGGAGAGCACCUUGUAGCUUUCUAGCUAAACUAAUAAUAUCCAACUCCUCUCUCUUGGUUAGCAGUGUCAUUUAUCAUUUAAUAGUUGUUGUUAGAUUGAAGAUGUGAACCGAUCAUGUACUGAACAGUGGAUUUAAAAUUGUGCAUUGCCUUCAUGUAUUUGGCGUCCAUGUAAGAGAACUUAUUUGAUUGUUUUGAAAUAAUGCAGGAUGCAGUGGAACAAUACCAACAUAAAUAUUAAACCAGUCAGCAAAUAGCUAUAUCAUUACGUCAUCUCACCGAGCAGUUCUGUGGCCCUGAGCACAGGUAGGUAACUGCAUCUAGAAAACCAUGCUGAGCCUGGUUUGUAACCGUUUCAUGUUGAACCUAGUCUGCGUGGAUAUGCCAACCAUUUGGCAGUGCAGUGGAAAAAGGUAACCUGUGUGUGAUUUCAGCCAAUGGAACAGUGUCUAUGAUAUGAGGAGGGCCAAGCAGCAUGUGAAUUGAAAUAAGUUCAAAUGAACAUGAAUACAGUGAAACAAAAAAAUGUUUUCAGAAAGUUGUCGAUGUGUGAGAUGGCUAGAACACAGAAGUUUUUGUUUGUUCACUCUAACAUUUUAUCAUGGUUUUUGUCUGUACAGCGUUUGCGAAGGGUUUAAUCUAAAAAGGGUUUUGAUCUAAAAGAGGAAUAGAGUAGGAAUAGCGUACAGUAUAAAACAGACUUUUUACAGACAGAUUUAUGCUGAGAAAAGAAUUCUUUAUUGCAGAAUUUGUGGUUCUGCACACCACAGUCCCCACUUAUACACCAGUAUAGUUCAUAGGCAGUGUAAUACAACACAGUUAAUGUAGCCUCAUUUGUUGACUGUUUAGUGUUUAGUUCAGAGUAACAGGGUAAUUAAAAUAGGGUAAUGUUUUGCAGUUUAUUGGUUUAUAGGAUUGCUUCGAAAUAGUACCAAAACCAUAGAGGGAGUUUAUCACAGAUCUUUAUUUCGACAGUUGUCUCAUCAAUGGCAAAUUUCCUUAUUAAAAACAUUUUUGACAACAUGGAAUAAAUGACUGCACUGUUGUGUCCCACUUCCUUUACUAUAUGUUAAUUUAAUGUUGACUCAUGAAGGAUAAAUGUUUUCUACACAUUUUUAAAAAUAUGGAUGAAGGGGUUAGCUUGUUUUCAAUAAUUUCAGGUUGUGUAUUUUUUUGAGAACUCAAUGUUAAUGUUGCAAACUUUUAAAUGUAACAGUGCAAUGAUCAAAACAUUAAAACAUGAUCAUUUUAA